CGGAGCCUCCGCGGCGGGCGGGAAGAAAGCCUGACCUCCGGGACCGCGGGGGUGGCGGGGGUACCCGAGGGACGGACUGGCCUCUCUUCCUCUAAAGAAGCAGUUGCCUCUGUGAUUAAUUCCUAAUGUAGUUUUGGUAGAGACUUGUUGUUGGAGUUGUUGAAGAUGUCAUCAGGCCUUACAGAGGAGCAGAAGAGGAGGAUAGAGGAGAACCGACGGCUGGCUUUGGCCAGGAGGGCAGAGAGGCUGGCAGCCCAGGGCGCUGGGCACGGGGGCAUCGCUGCAGCUCUGCACACUGGGCACGGGCUGGGCAAGCCGGGCGGCUCCAAGGAGGAAAACAAUCAUGUCGGGUUCAUCAGCCAGCCCCCACGCAAUCCAAACACGCCUGUGGAGCAGAGGAGCUGUCUCCAGAAAGGCUAUAACCAUUACACAGCCAAGCAACAGAUGGCUGGCUCACACAGAGAGCAGCUGAAGAGUUGUUCAGAGGACUCGGAGCAAGCAAGUGGCCUAAAGCAGUUCCCUGUGAUGAUCCCGAAUUCUCUGAGUUAUUCCCAUAAACAUUUCUUGGAUGCUGGUAGUCAGGAAGAUGGACAGCACACUUCAGUUAAUCAUGGAACAUUCCAGCAGCCCAAAUGCAACCCAGCGUUCAAAAACCCCACAGGACUGCCUCAUCCAAGAUUCACUGAUAAUGGGCACCCUGAGGGUAGUAAAGAUUUACAAACUCAGGACAAAUCUGCCACUAAAUAUGUUUCACCACCAAGUGAUGCAGAAAUGCUGGAAAGCAUGAACACAGUGACAGAAAGAACAGGGGGAGGUUUUGUCUCUCAGGCCAGUGGUGGGAUGCAGAAGCUGGCCACCUCUGCUGGUGUGGGCUCUGCCUUUGAAGCUGCCUCUCACAAGAAAGCAAUUAACGUUACAAAAGGAAAAUGUGUGAAAUAUGGGGAAGACCGAUUCCAGGUUGAAAUAGGGUACAAUGCUGAACUUAUUGCUGUGUUUAAGAAGGUUCCAAGCAAAGCCUAUGAUCCUGCUAUGAAAAAAUGGAAUUUCAGCAUGGAAGAUUACAGCAGUGUCUUGGAAGCAGCAAAUCAACUUUCAUCAGUAAUUCUGGCACCACUGGAAGGAGAAAGUGUGGUUGGCUUGGCAUCAGGCUCUCAUUUUGUUGGCAGCAGGGUUGAUGUGAAAUCCCUCUUGAAGAUGUGUAAGAGCUGGAAGAAGCCCUCAGCCCUGGUCAAGGGGAAGUGUGUGCUCAUCUCCCGCCUGCGAUUUGAGGUCGAUGUUGGGUAUUCUGCAGAAGUGAUUGCAGUGUUCAAAAAGAUGGAUUCCAGAAAUUAUGAUAUGAAUACCAGAAAGUGGAAUUUCCUGCUGGAAGAUUACCCCAAACUAAUGCAAGAGUUACUGAGCCUCGUGUCCGUAGAAGUGGAGCCACUGCCUGAAGCAGUAAUUAAGACCUUUGCUGCUCAGCUCCAGAGAUCUCCAUCACUGACAGACAUUCCUGAUGCUGACCUUUCAGGAGUGGACUCCAAAAUUGUGACGAGCCUCAUGCCCUUUCAGCGGGAAGGUGUGAAUUUUGCCAUUUCCAGAAAGGGACGUUUGCUGCUGGCGGAUGACAUGGGCCUGGGCAAGACCAUCCAGGCCAUCUGCAUUGCUGCCUAUUACCAGCAGGAGUGGCCCUUGCUGGUGGUCACUCCUUCUUCUGUGAGGUUUACAUGGGCAGAGGCAUUUCACAGAUGGCUUCCAUCCUUGAGUCCAGGAAGCACCAAUGUUGUAGUGAGUGGGAAAGACAACCUAACAGGAAGCUUGAUCAACAUCAUCAGUUUUGAUCUCCUCAGCAGGAUGGACAAGCAACUUAAGAGCACAUUCCAAGUAGUUAUUGUUGAUGAAUCUCAUUUCCUGAAGAACACAAAAACUGCACGCUGCCAAGCUGCCAUGCCUCUACUCAAGGCUGCCAGGAGGGUGAUCCUGCUCUCGGGAACGCCGGCCAUGUCGCGGCCCGCGGAGCUGUACACGCAGAUCGCCGCCGUGCAGCCCAGCUUCUUCCCGCUCUUCCACUCCUUCGGCCUGCGCUACUGCGACGCCAGGAAGAUGCCAUGGGGUUGGGACUACUCUGGAUCAUCCAACUUAACUGAACUGAAAAUUUUGCUGGAAGAGUCGAUCAUGAUCCGACGUCUGAAGUCGGAUGUGCUCUCCCAGCUUCCAGCAAAGCAACGCAAAAUGGUUGUGGUGGCUCCUGAAGGCAUUAGUGCAAAGACCAAAGCUGCCUUGGCAGCUGAAGCAAAAAAGAUGGCCAAAGGAUAUGAAAGUAAACAACAGGAGAAGGAAGCUCUUCUUGUCUACUUCAGCAGAACAGCAGAAGCCAAAAUCCGCUCAGUCGUAGAGUACAUCCUGGAGUUACUGGAAAGUGGGAAGAAUAAAUUCCUGGUGUUUGCUCAUCACAAGAUAAUGCUGGAUGCAGUAGCUGCAGAGCUGAAGAAGAAACACGUCGAGCACAUUCGCAUUGACGGCUCCACAUCCUCAGCUGAGCGGCAGACUCUGUGCCAGAAGUUCCAGCUCUCAGAGAAGCAGGCUGUGGCUGUCCUGUCCCUCACUGCUGCAAACGUGGGCCUGACAUUGUCUGCUGCAGAUCUGGUGGUGUUUGCAGAGCUCUUCUGGAACCCAGGGAUUUUGAUCCAAGCAGAAGAUCGGGCACACCGAAUUGGACAGACCAGCUCUGUUAAUGUUCACUACCUGGUGGCUAAAGGCACAGCAGAUGACUACUUAUGGCCAAUGAUUCAGGAGAAGAUCAAAGUGCUGGGUGAAGCUGGCCUUUCAGAAACCAAUUUCUCUGAAACAGCUGAGUCAUCUAAUUACUGUCCUAAGACAGAUCCAAAGCAGAAGACAAUCUUUGACCUUUUCCAGAAGACCUUCUCUGAGAGCAGAGAUGAUGCUGAUGAUGUUUUGUUUUUGGAGGCAGCUGAUGCUGGCUGUGAGUUUGACUCUGGCAGUGCCCUGCAAGACAGAGAAGCAGAGGCAUGUUCAGUGAGUCCCAAAAAAAAGCGGCGUAUUGAGGAAGUGUAAAUGGUGACAGCUAAAAAUAAUAUUUUUAAUAUUUUUUUUAUUAAAAAAGAAAAACCA